AUGAAACUCCUAACGACAAACUUCCUCACAUGCGCCGUCAAAGCCUGCAAAUCCUCCCCGGACAGUUUUCCACUACACUUCAAAGAUGCGACGCUCGAACGUACCGAGAUCGACUACAACCCUCUGUUCGUGCGCAACAUACUCCCCCGCGUGAACUGGGACGCACUCACGACGACCGCGACCGAACUGGGUCUCCAGGCUCUCCUCCCCGCCACAAACCCGGUCGAGACCAUCGACUCCCCGUCGCCUGCGACCGACGAAGCUGCAGGGCCGAAUGAUGACGGAAAAGACGUCGUGGACGACGAAGUGCUGAAAAAGUUACACAGUCUCCUCCUCGAGACGGGCGUGGUGGAAGGCAAACUCGUCUGCGGGAACUGCGGCUUCGAGUACCCUAUCAAGGAAGGCGUUGGGAAUUUCUUGUUGCCGGCGCAUUUGGUGUGA